AUGACUCGAACCCAAGUGCCCUACCCUUCCCCUACUACCCUGAAGCGGUUCCCUCAUAUCCAUGAUGACCCUUCAUCCAUCUCCCACUCCCUAGACCCUUUCACCAUCACCACCAAGACAGGGUUCCUGCCCUAUGAGACUGCCCCAGUUGAGCUGCCAGAGGCUUUCAGUGCCCUGCUGUCUCUGGUCAACCGCCUCCCUGUCGUUAGGCUCGAUGGGAAGCCCGGUCUGUUGGCUACCUAUGAACUUGGCCCUGCUGUCAAGGCUGAGCUUACCGACCUGACUGACGAGGUUGAAAAGCUGGUUCUUCCCGACGGCUCUCCUGAUCGUUUCACCAUUGCGGCGGUCUUCCGUGACUAUACCUUCCUGGCCUCGUCUUACCUGCUCGAGCCUUGCUGGGAGCACUGGAACAAGGACCCAGAAGGUGGCUAUGGACUUGGUCGUGAUGUCUUGCCCCAGUCUGUUGCUCGUCCUAUGUACCGCUGUGCUGAGAUCCUGAACCUGCCACCUUUCAUGUCUUACGCUGCUUCUUAUGCUCUGUUCAACUACACCGUCGCCGACCCUGCCAAGGGUCUGAGCGAGUACUCGAACCUCCGUCUGAUCCGCUCCUUCGAGAGAGGUCUCGACCCUAAGAGCUCCGAGGCAGGCUUCAUCCUGACCCACGUCGACAUGGUCAAGGAGACUGGCCCGCUCGUUGCAGGUGUCUUGAAGGUCGUUGAUUCCCUUGAGCAGCAUGCCUCCCGACAGGAGAUCAACGACGGAUACCGAGAGAUCCUAAAGUCGAUGGAGAAAAUUGAAGCAUCCAUGGAAGAUAUGUGGGGCAACUCCAAGCCAUCGGAGUACCUUUCCUUCCGUGUCUUCAUCUUCGGCAUCACCAACCAAUCCAUGUUCCCGAACGGUGUGGUUUAUGAAGGCUGCGAAGACAACAAGCCUCUCUACUUCCGCGGUGAGAGUGGUGCCAACGACAGCAUCAUCCCCCUCCUAGACCACCUCUGCGAGAUUCCCAUGCCGGAAACACCCCUCACCAAAAUCCUCCACGAAUUCCGCGCCUAUCGCCCCCUCCCCCACCGCGAAUUCCUAACCUACAUCCGCGAAAAGUCCGAAGAAAUCGGCGUCCAGAAAUACUCCAUCCAAGACUCCGAGACCGCUGUCCUCUUCCUGCGCACGCUGAACCACAUCCGCAGUUUCCGCUGGCGACACUGGCUGUUCGCGCGUGAGUAUAUCAUUCGUCGCACGCCCCACCCUACCGCUACUGGUGGUAGUCCCAUUGUUACUUGGCUUCCGAAUCAGCUCUCCGCUGUUAUGGAGCUCAUGAUCAAGGUCUAUGAUGAUAACCUUGCGCCAAAGGAUGGUGUGGCUGUUGUCGGUAAUGAGGAUCUUAUUGCCUCGCACAGGAAGCAGGUUGAGCCUAUGAUGGAGCUUGUGCGUGAUCAAAAGGAGAAGUUGGCUAAGGAGGUUGAGCGGUGGUGUCAGGAACGGGGGGUUUAG